CCACACUUUUUUUCCAUGGAAAACGAAAGUAGAUUUUUAGAAAUUCUAUGUUUAGAAAUCAAGCAACAUUUUGCUGAAAAUUGAUUAUGAAAAGCGUCAACGUAAUUUGACUAUUCAGGUGUGCAUUAAGAACUUCUAACUGCUCGGAAAUGUCUGGUCAAAGAGGGCGUGGAAAUGGGAAUUAUCAAGGACAGGGUGGACACCAAAACCAAGGUGGAUGCUGGCAGAACGAUGGAUAUAAUAAUUAUAAUGACAGCCAGGGUUACGGAUAUAAACAUCGGGGUCGAGGACAAUUUCCUCCGCCAUUAAUGUCUCCAAGCAUUCACAUGGCUAGAGGGAGAGGUGUAAAUACUGGAUGGGGAGGUCCUGCCCCACCUGUCAACAAUCCACAGGAACUUGAGUUCAGAAGACCCAAUAAUCCUCCUAUCCAUGGACAAGAUCAAAGAAAAAUUUCUGGCCCCUGGGAUGGACAAGGAAAUAAUGAAUUGGGCAAUAGAUCUACUGGAAACCAGCAACAAGGGCAGGGUAAUGGUAAUGAUGUUCAUAGGCCUCGAAGCCAGGAGAGGAAAGAGACACAUGAUAGCCAAAGAAGUUCAUCCAAGGACGGUCAGAACCACAGAUCUCGAUCUGGUGACAGAAGGCCCUAUAUCCAGUCCCUAAGCAGGAGUUCUGGGUCUUCUUCGCAAGAUUCCUGGCAAAAGGGUCAGCAGCCUGGAACCCAAGGCAGCUCACACAGGAAGGCCAGGAAUGAUGACGAUUUAUUUUUCCUUUCAAAGACACUCUCUUCAAUCCUUCGGCAUAACGCUGAAAAAUUUGGUCUUGAGUUAAUGAAAGGUGGAUUCCUGUAUGUGGAUGACAUCUUUCGCAAGGUCUACAAGCUUCGUUCAUAUACCCUAGAAGACAUACAACAUGUUGUAAAAAGUAACGACAAGCAGAGAUUCGCCUUAGAACAAGACGACAAUGGUCAUUGGAAGAUCCGAGCCAAUCAAGGACACAGUAUACAGGUAGAAGAAUUGGACCUGCAACCGAUAAAAUCGCCAGAUGAAAUCAGCAUGGUCAUUCACGGCACUUACUAUAAGAAUUGGGAUAUGAUCAAGAAAACGGGCUUGAGGCGAAUGAACAGAAAUCACAUCCACUUUGCUGCAGGCCUGCCAGGGCAGGGAGGUGUGAUCAGUGGAAUGAGGACAUCGUGUGAAGUUAUCAUUGGCCUGGACUUGAAGAAAGCUAUGGAAGAGGGUAUUCCAUUUUUUCGGUCGGCAAAUAAUGUGAUCUUGUCGCCAGGCAACAAGGAUGGGAUCAUCUAUCCCUGCUAUUUCCAGGGUGUCAAGGACAGAGCGCAAGGCUUCCGAAUACCAUUCGACGCAAAGAUUGGCUUGGGAAUAAGAGAAGACCCAGCGAAAACUGGGGAAGGCAAGGCUGGGAAGAAGAAAGGGAAGAGUAAUAAGAGACAGAGUGAUGAUAUGGCAUCAGCAUCAGAAGACACCCAACCAUCCAAUGAAAUUGGUCAUGAAAAUUCGCCCACUAAUGAUGAUGAAUCCAGUACCAUGGUUAAAGAUAACGACAUGCAGCCUGAUGUUCAGACAAAGAGUGAAGAUGUCCCUGUACCACCUGCCGAGGUUAAAGCAAAUGACAUUCAGCCCGAUACUGUGGCAAAGAGUCAAGACGUGACCGUUACACCUACCACGGUUAAAGCUGAUGUUCAGUCUGAUAUUCAGACAAAUAGGCAAGAUGUUACCAUAACACCUUCAGCAUCUCAGAUUCCUGCGGAAAAAUUAGUAUGGAACGAACCGGCCCUAAUAGAUGAAGCUGUUAAAUCGCAAAAGUUUGUGAAAGAAGUUUUACUCGAGGGUUCCCAUCCAAGUCACAUGGUUGUUGUUUGUUGCGGAGAGAAAUUGGGAAAUGAGGACUCAAUGGUUCGCUUGAUUGCCGUCUUUGUACAACCUCGCAUUAUUGUUUAUCCUUUAUACGAUGACAACAAGGGGAUUGUUAAGGAUGGCGAGCUGGAUAAACUGCUGAAUACAAAAGAUAUUACUAAGGUUUUCCACAACAUCCGCGAAGUGUCAAUGAGCCUUAUGAUGGAGUUUGAUGUUCUGCUGGAGGGAACACCGAUAUGGGACAUAAAGAUGAUUACGGACUCAGCAACAUUGCCAGAUAUUGACUAUGAACGCCUAAAGGAAACUUACAAUUACAAGCCCAAGAUGAUGAAAAAGUGGGCCACUGAAAACGAGACUAUCGGUAAGCAGCUUGAUGGGCCGGAUGUUCCUGCGGAAGUAAUGAAAUCUAUCAUUGAGAGGGGAAAACUUAUUGAUGACCUGUACAGAGUUUCGGAAAGUAAAUUGAAGGCUGAACAAAAGAAGGCGAUUAAGAAGAAAGUCUAUGCUGCUAUUAAGCCAGAAGAGAAACAAAAGACCCUUCUUGAAAAGUUUGAAAAACUUAAAACGGAACGCAAGGAGAAAGAAAAGGCAAAGAAAUUGGAAACUCCACCUGAAAAAGCACCUACAAAACAGAAGCAGCCGCAGCAACCGGGGAAGGGGAAAGGAAAGGGGAAAAAUAAGAAAUGAAGUAGAGAAAUAUAUAAUUUGUGGGCUGGGGCUGUAUGUACUCUGAUUAUGGUUGUUUUAGUUGUGAAUUUAGUGGGAUGAUAAAAUAGCAUCAGCCACAUAAGGGUAAAGGAAAAAGUGGAAAAGAAUAAAUGAAGAGGAUAUACUAUCAAUUUUGGGGGCCUUGGCUGUACUCUGAUCAUGGUUGUUUGCAUUGGUAAUUUAGUGGGAUGAUAGAAUUAUAAUUAAAUGGGGGUUUUAUGGGAUCUAUUUUUAUAUCUCUUGCUUUACUGAUAGUUGAAGGGUGAUUUGAGUUUGACAAAAUGUUGUUUGUGAUCAAUGAUUGAAUAUCUAAAUGUGAUUAUUUUCCAAAAAUGUUUGUUAUGUCCAUCUUAUGUUUUUGGUUUUAGAGUACAAGACUUUAUCAUGCAUUUAUCAUUUUAAUUUGAGGUUAAAUAUGUUUCAAUAUCCUGUUAUGAGAGAUUGGAACAUAUUUCACUAGAUUUACAAAAGCUUCAUAGCUUUUUGUGAUAGUUUUGUUUCUUCAUGUUAGAGUUUAGAAUUGUUAAUACAAUGUAUGUGUAAUUUUGCAUGAAUUGUUUUAUUAUAAAGUAUUAUGCCUUUAAUUUAUAACAUAGUAAGCUUUAUAAUAUUGAAACAAUAUAUAUAUUUUUUUCUUGUGUGAUAAGUUCUAAUAAUGCCAUAGAUUGUAUUGUUAGAAGUGCAUAUCAACGAUUAUUAUAACAGCGGUCUUUUGGUAUAGGUUUCUGCACCUUGCCAAAGGGAUUUUGGGCUUGAUUCUUACCAGAGUUACUUUCUUAUGCAAAGUUAUGGCCUCUCAAACAGAAAGUUAUAGUAUUGGUUCUACCCAGGUAACAGACUUGAGUCUGAUUGUUCUGUAAGCCAUCAGGUUUCAUCAAAUUCAAGCUUGAAUAUACUGGCUCUAUAUCAAGGUGGCAGACUUCUUGAAAUAGCAGUAUUGUUGGACAUCAUUCAAAUCAUUGUAUGAAGACAUAUACUCUUCAUCAUUACAGCAUUUAUUUGUGUUGAUUAUUUUUGUCAAGCUUUCAAUAGGUUCUGAUUAUUUUCAAUUUGUUGACCAUGGCAGUGAUACAUUUUGUUGCGCACCCAUUUUUGUAUUCUCGUUGUUUUUCUGGAGUACCCAUUUUUCCUAAAAACAUGUGCAUUUGCAGGAUGCACUCUUUUGUAAGUAGUGUGUGGAUAAAAUAUGUUGAGGACGCUCAGAUUUUGCCCUUUUGACCAAGAAAGGCAUUCAAGAAGAUCUCAAAAUGAAUCACUGGUCAUUAAGAUGAAAUAUUUAUGUAGUUACAUAUUGUUUAUUUAAUGCAUAUAUACUGUUCAUGUUUUACUUGAUUGUUUUUGCUUUCAGUCCUUUAAUAAUUUAGUUUCACAAGUUUUCAUGAGAGUUCUUCCCCUUGAGGUGAAUUUGGAUAAUGGUUGAACAUUUUGAAUAUAGUGUUUCUCUUAUUGAAGAUUUGUUAGCAUUUAACAAGUGAAGCAGCGUUGCUUGUAAGAAACUAGCUAGGCCCAUAACCCAGAAUUAUGUGGAUUAUAUUAACCACGCUCUGCCAUCACCUGUUUAAUGCAAACAAUCAGGGGUUUUAAAAACCAACUACCGGGCAUUUGCCAGUCUGGACCAAUUUUGACUUUGCCGGACAAAUUUCAAUAACAGAAAAUGGCUAAAACAUCAAUACCUUAAGAGAAACGCUUUAUUUAAAACGUAUACUUGACAUUGGUAUGUUAGGUUCACCUUGUGAAUUAGUUUAGUAAACACAAAAGUUUCGUAUUGACAAUGAUUUUCUCUCUAUUUAUGGCUGGGUUGGCCAUCAAUAAGUUUUAAGUGAAAUCUUCAAGUUCAUACCGGAGUGACUGGUUAUUAUUUCUUGAAAACAUGUUAUGAAAUGAUGAUGAGACUGUUAUAUUUACUGUACAUUCAAAUCAACUCCAUUACUACUUUCUUCGAAUUGAGGUUACUGCUUAAUUUGGUAUCAUGUUCAUUGUUAUUAUUAUUUUUAAUGUUUACAUUAAUGUUUAUUUGGUUGUCUUUAAGGGAAUAAAUUGUAAAAGUCUA